AUGGAGAGAUAUACGCGCGAUCAGAAGCAAUGUACGAGUGGUAGUUAUGAGACACUUGGAGAUGCUGUCAAACGCUACACGCUGUGUAACGAGAAGGUUGAUAUGGAGGCUCAGGGCAUCCAGCAAGGAGAGCUAGAGCUAGCCAUCCACACCUACUCCGGAAGUGACUCUCGUGUGUCCUGCGACUUCACUGUGAGUGCCGGAAACGGCCGACACGUCAUGUUCUAUUUCACAGACCUUUUCCUUGGCUCUCCAAACUUUACUGAGCGCGUGGACCGCGCGUGCAUAGAGCCACGUGACAUCAAUGGAAAUUACGAAACCUUUUUGACAGGCAUGCGCCCCUACAUUUGUUCCCGGGUGCAAGUGGAGAUAGGCAGUAAAGUGUACGCUACCACCGGAAACGCCCUGUCGUUAAGAUUCUAUCGUAACCGAGGUUACGGCAUUCGCGUCUACGUAAAACUGGUCUUCACGGCGUUCAGACUCGGGUCCUGUCGUACAACUGAACGGAAAUGCAACAACGAGCGGUGCAUUGCGCAUGACAUCGUGUGUAAUGACCGGAAUCCAUGCGGGGACCACUCAGACUGUCCCACGGGCCUUGAACACCUAUCCAGCUGGGCUAUGAGCGGCAUUGUGAUUUUGGCUCUUCUGUGUGGCGGCAUCGUCAUCAUCAUGGCAACCGUGUGUCUCCAGCGGGUUGGCAACAAGAACUAUGAUUUGGACGACGUCACAAUUCCUGCAAACGGAAUGGUACAUCAUGAGUCCCCGCACUUUGAAAUGAACGAAGUCCAAAGCAGCGAUAGAAAGUCCAACACCAACUAUGACAAGGGCUCGAAACAACAAUCUUCAAAUAAAAGUAAUAACAAACUAUCUGGGUUUACUGGGGGUGAAGAUGAAGAUCUUUUAAGAGCGGAGUCUGACUCUCAGUAUAGAAGUGACCGCGAAAAGCUUAUUCACAGUCUGAACAGCAGUAGAUUAGCAAUUGGCAUAGCCAGUAAGUUGGAAAAUGACCAUUUUAACUCGCUAAAGCCCACACAGGCUGUUACAGUCAAAACGUACUCAAAUGGAUCGGGGUCAUCUAGUACAAUGAUGAUUAAUACUGGUACAGGAGUGACAACAUUUGGUGAGACCGCCGAAAAUGAUACAAGAGAUGACUUGAAUAGCAAUCCAAGUGUCACAAGACUCCACUCAAGUGGCCUUUAUUUUUCCGGCCAUUCUUUAGUGUUCUCGGAUAGUGAUAGCGGUAACGAAGAUGAGAACAGACUACAAAGAGUGCAUGAUUUCUCAAGACAGGCUUUGGAUACAAAAUACGUACGUCCUUUUGAUGACCACAGUUCUCCACAAAACGUUUGUAAACUAAACCCUACUAGUGAAAUGCAAGCGAUGAUUCAACCGUCCCCACAUCCGUAUGGCGUGGAGAAAAAUCAAAGUGCUUUAGACAAACUUAAUCACAACAAUAAUAUUUCCAUUUCAACACAUUAAUUAAUACCCAGUUGCCGUUAUCCUUCUUAGUGGUUCUUUCUUUUUGAGGUCGUAUGACCUUGUGGUUUUAAUUUAAGAUAGUGAAAUAGUUAUUGUUGGUAUUUUU